UACUUGGCUUUGGCUCCCUGAAUGAACCAAAGAAAAAAAAAAGGUUUUUUAUUUCUCAGCUGCAGGACAGCCACUGGCGCGCACGGCGAUCACCACUUCGAUCACCAGCAGGGCAAGCAAACAAGAAGAAGAAGAGGAAGAGGAAGAGGAAGAGGAAGAGAAAGACCAGGAGGAGGAGGCGACGGCGGCCGGCCACGAGGGAGAAGCAGUCGCAUGCGGCCACUGGGCGGCCAUCCGGUCGCUGUCCGACCAGUUCGCGUCGUCGUGACAGCAUCAUCUGAACCUCACGAGGAUUAACAAGGCAACCCUAUCCAUGAGGCAACCAUGCUCGUGCUCAUCAACAAGUACCUGUCCAGGAGCAAGAACCCGGCAGCCGGCGACGACGGGGAGAUGCCUACGCCGCCGGCGAACGGGGCGGAGCGCGAGCGAGACUACAUGUGCAUCUCCGGCUGCGUGCCGGUGCGCGUCAAGAGGGCGCCGGUUAUUGCCACGACGACGAUCACCACCACGGCGAGGACGUCGCGGCACAAUUUCGUCAAGUCGGCGGCGUCCGGGCUCUUCCCCGGCGCGCAGUUCACCAACCACGAGUCGCUCCCGGCGCUGGAAGAGGCGUACUCGGAGUUCGCCGCCGCGUUCCCGCAGUACGCCGGGCUCGCCCAGGCCGACGCCAUCAGGGACGGCGAGUACCAGCACCUCGACCGCCACGUGUGCCUCGACUACACCGGCAUCAACCUCUUCUCCCACGCGCAGAUGAACUCGUCGGUGCCGUCCACGUCGGCCUCGCCGCCGGGUUCGUCCGGCGCGUGGCAGCCUCCCUUCUUCGACAUCGCGUACAAGUCCACGAGCCUGCGGUCGCAGGUGCAAUGCGGGGACGUCGCCUCGGCGAGCGGCGAGGGCGGGAUCGGCGGCGCCGUGACGAGGCGCGUGAUGGCGUCGCUGAACAUCCCCGAGGACGAGUACGCCAUGGUGUGCACGGCGAACCGGACCACCGCGUUCCGGCUGCUGGCGGAGUCCUACUCCUUCCACAGCCACGGCAAGCGGCUGCUCACCGUGUACGACUACGAGAGCGAGGCGGCGGGGGCGAUGGCCGAGAGCGCGCGCCGCCGCGGCGCGGAGGUGAUGUCGGCGACGUUCGCGUGGCCGGGCAUGCGCGUCCACGCCGGCGACCUCCGCAAGAAGCUGGUCCGCGGGCGGCGGCGCGGCCACCGGGGGCUCUUCGUCUUCCCGCUGGUGUCGCGGAUGACCGGCGCGAGGUACCCGUACCUGUGGAUGAGCGCGGCGCAGGAGCAUGGGUGGCACGUCGCGCUCGAUGCCUGCGCGCUCGGCACCAAGGACCUCGACACGCUCGGCCUCUCCCUCCUCCGCCCGGACUUCAUCGUCUGCAACUUCUUCAAGGUGUUCGGCGAGAACCCCUCCGGCUUCGCGGGCCUCUUCGUCAAGAAGGCCAGCCUCGCCGCCCUCGAGCGCUCCGUCAUCGCGCGCAGCAUCGGCGUCGUCAGCAUCGUGCCCGCCCGCCGCUGGUCGCUCCACGACGCCGGCUACUCCACCGAGCUCGACCACUCGCGCAGCUUCGCCGACCCGGCGGAAGACCUCGACCUCACCAGCUCCUUCUCCGGCCCGCUCAGCGGCACCCUCAUCGCGCUCAGUCUCAGGAACGUGCCGGAGAUGGACGCGGCGGAGGAGAACGGCCACACGCCGGAGAUCCGCGAGGCCGAUUCGCCGCCGGCGACCGACAAACACCCGAUGCCUCCGCCGCCGCCAGCUGAAGAGAAGGAGAUGGAGGUGGAGUGCAGGGGACUGGACCACGCGGACGCGCUGGGGCUGAUCGCCAUCGGCAACCGGCUGCGGUGCAUCAGCAACUGGCUGGUGGUGGCGAUGCAGAAGCUGCGGCACCCGCAGUCGGAGCACGGCAAGCCGCUGGUGCGCGUGUACGGGCCCCGCGUGAAGUUCGAGCGGGGCCCGUCGGUGGCGUUCAACGUGUACGACUGGAAGGGGGAGAAGGUGGCGCCGGCGCUGGUGCAGAAGCUCGCCGACCGCCACAACAUCUCCCUCACCUGCGGCUUCCUCCGCAACAUCUGGUUCGCCGACAGGUACGACGCCGACAGGGCCGCCCACCUCGAGCACAUGGGCGGCGGCGGCGGCAAGAGGAAGGACACCGGCGGCGGCGGCGAGAUGGGGAUCUACGUGGUGAACGCGUCGCUGGGGUUCUUGAGCAACUUCGAGGACGCCUACAGGCUGUGGGCGUUCGUGGCCAAGUUCUUGGACGCCGACUUCGUCGAGAAGGAGCGCUGGAGGUACACCGCGCUCAACCAGAAGACGGUGGAGGUGUAGACGACGAAUCAAUCCACCAUCGCCAUUGGUACAGAUCACUUCACUGCCACUGUCCACCAUUCUUUUGGGAUCAGCUCAGCUGUCGAGCUGCUCCGUCCAUUCUUUGUGCGAGAGGGGCUAUAGUGUUCAUCGUUCCCUGUAAACUGUAGUGUCUUCUUCCUUAGAAAAAGAUGGGUCGAUUACAUGUUUGCUACUCCUAUAGGAGUACUCAACAGUUGCCAUCCUGCAGUACAUCUUUGUUGGUCAAAUGAGAAAUACAGCUAUUUUUACUCAAUGCUCACAAGAGGUAACUGAGUUUCUUAGGUAACAUCAAAUUACAU